UGGCAGCAGGGAAGAGGGAUUGUUGUAGAAGUUGAUGAAAGUCCCCUGUCCUCCAUGUGUGAGUGUUUAUACUGCUUCAUCUCUUCUUUAUGUGACCUUCCCCAGAGAAGGACCAGCUACAGUCAUAGAAGGUAUAUGAACCAGCAUGGAAGUCAGAAAUGGAGACUUCCAAUGUUCCAUUGGGAACUUGCCCCAAAUCUUGGGAGAAAGGACAAAAGGAAUGGAAACACCUAUCCAGGUGGUGCUUAGAGUUCGUCCCAUGAACCAGGCUGAGCUGCGCAGGGGGGAGCAAAGUGUUCUUCACUGUUCUGGCCCCAGGACUCUGAGGGUGAGUCCUCUAGGUGGAGGCCGGGAAGUUGCCUUUCACUUCAGCAUGGUGUUGGAUGGAGCCCGCACUCAGGAUGAGGUGUUCCAGGGCAGUGGAGUCCAGCGUCUAGUGGAACUUGCUCUCCAAGGUUUCUCCUGCACAGCCUUCACCUUUGGCCAGACAGGCUCCGGGAAGACUUAUACACUGACAGGGCCUCCUCCCCAGGGAGAAGGGGAAACUGUGCCCUCCAGCCUAACUGGGCUCAUGCAGCGGUCCUUUGCCUGUCUUUUGGAUAAAAUCCAGCAUGUUGGGACCCCCAUCACUCUUAGUGCUUCUUAUUUAGAAAUUUACAAUGAACAGGUUAGAGAUCUAUUGAGUCAAGGGCCCCACCAUUACCUUCCUGUUCGCUGGAACAAGACUCGGGGUUUCUAUGUGGAAAAGCUGAAAGCAGUCAAAUUUGGCACAUUUGAGGAAGUGAUGAAGCUCCUGCUGGAAGGUCUGAGGAGACGAAGAAGUUCAGCUCACAAUCUGAAUGAGGUCUCCAGCCGUAGCCACGCCUUAUUCACCAUCCAUAUUCACUGUCCUGCUGUGUCCCCAAGCAGGCCAAAAGAACAGACAUUUGGAAAGCUGUGCUUUGUAGAUCUGGCAGGCAGCGAGAAGGUAGCAGCCACAUGUUCUCGAGGAGAACUGAUGCUGGAGGCCAGCAACAUCAACCGUAGCUUGCUAGCCCUGGGCCACUGCAUCUCUCUUCUGCUGGACCCCCGACAGAAAAAGAACCACAUCCCCUAUAGAGACAGCAAGCUCACCCGCCUGCUGGCAGAUUCCCUGGGUGGCAGUGGAAUCACCCUCAUGGUGGCCUGCGUGUCCCCUUCAGCCCAGUCCCUCCCAGAAACACUCAAUACACUCCGCUAUGCCAGCCGAGCUCAGAGGGUCACUACCCGGCCCAUGCCUAAGGGUCCCCCGGUUCCACAGCCUCUUGGACUUGAAGAGGAGAUCCAGCAGCUGCGUCAGGAGAAUAUGAUGCUGAAACAGAGGCUGGAGCAGCCUCUGGGUCACUGGGCCUCCAGGAAGAAGGGAUCCCAAUCUGACUGGGCUGAAAGAAGCCUCUAUGGGAUGCUACAGGAGUUCAUGCUGGAGAACCAACAGCUUAGAGAGGAAAAAAAUCAGCUUCAGAGCAGCAGGGACUGUGCCUGGAAUGAGCAGCAAGUUUUAGUUCAACAGCUUAAAGAACUCAACAGGCAUCUCCUCUGCUCUGCCGGCCAUAGCAUUCGAUGCCCUCCUCAACAUUUCUCGCGUCCCACCCUGCUCUGCCCCUGCUCAGCAUCUCGAGGACGUUACCAAGCUCUGGGCUGCCAUGUGCUGCCCCGCCUCUGUUCUUGUCACUGCAACCAGCUCUGUUUCCUGUGCUAUGCUCCUCUGCCUCCAUGUGCUGGUUCUCAGCUCCAUCAGGCCCAGAUGGGAGAACCCUCACUUCUUCCAGGCUAUCUGCCCUCCCAGAUUUUGUCAGAGCUGCCUCCAUUACCUGUAUUUGGUGCUCGAGCCAAAGCCCCAUGGAAGAUGGAGGUUUUUAGUCCUCAGGUCCAGACUCAACCUUUUGCCCAACCACUAGUCCCUAACCUUAGGGAGCACCCUGUGAAGAGGAAAAGCAGUGAGUGGACCUGGGCUCACUUCUUGGAAGAAACCCUGGCAAAGGAGGAAGCUUCUGGAAGAGCAAGCCAAGUAAUACCCUCAGCACCACCUCUGCCUCAGAGUGCCUGUGGCGUACCUUGGAGGACAGUAGGGGUCCCAAGAGCAUCCAGGAUGUUGGAGGAAGAACUGGAGAUGCUGAGGGACCAAAUUGAUUGUACCUUGUAUUUGAGCCAAGAAAAGCCCCCUACAUCCCAGGAGAAACACUUUAACUCCGGACAACACCUUCCACCUUGCUGAGUUGUGCCUGUCCUGUUUGCUCUAGCUGGGAGCCAUGUUCCAAGUCAUGUAUGACUGAGUGUUUGGGUUAGAGUGGAGGUCUGGGGGUGGGGGUUGGAGGUGGGGGGGAGAUGCCAGUCCAAGGCCAGAGAAGUACAUCUGAUACUUGGUACUGCAUCCCUGGCCUUGAAGAGGGUUCCCCUCAAAUAUUUUCCCCAGGACUCUCAUUGGAGGAAGAGUCCAGUUUAUCUUUUUUUGUCCUGAGUCUGAAAUAUUCUGGCUAUAAGAAAACAAAAAUGCUAAUAAAGAGAAAAGGUGAGCCACUUGUU